AUGUCGCUCAACGGGCUCGACAAUGUAGAAGUCACACAGGCGUACCAGGGCGCCCUCGCCGAGGCUGGUGGUUGGUUUCUGUUGAGAUACACGUCGAGGGACUCUGUCCAAGUCCUCAAGCGGGGCACUGGCGGAGCAGGAGAGGCGCGCGCUGCCGUCGCUCAGUACGAGGACAAGUCACCGCUAUAUGGCCUUCUGCUCUACCGUCGGCGCAAGGUCUUGGUCAAAUACGUGCCUGAUGGGACUUCGCGCCUGCUGCAAGCACGUGUCGCUGUCCACUUCAUCAACAUCUCCGAGAAGUUUGCGCCUCACGACAUUGUCCUGUCCAUCUCCACUCCAGAAGAACUUAGUGAUGCCGCCCUCGCAUCAGCAUGCAGUCUGCACACCGCCGCGCCUUCGAGCUCCUCGUCCAGUGGGUCAUCGCGCGGGCCAAAACUUAGUUGGAUCCAGGAAACUGCCGAAGAGACAUGUCAGCCAGACUCAACCGAAAAGUUGACAACAUCGGAAACAGCGGAUACCAGUAUACCCACUAUAAUGGAGCCGUCCAGAGGCAGUACUGAGGAAGAUCCCACACGCUGUGCCUCUCUCACUUCGCAAACCGAGUCUGUCCCGUUGAUACUGGAGGAAAAGGCUAUUGGCCACAAGAUUGCACCGCACAUCUCCCAUGUCACCGUUGAGACAGUGACUGAGCCCCCAAAGACACCUGAAAACACUGAUCUGUCAGACCUGCAAGACACGUUCAAGAACUACGACUCGCUGUUUGAGGGCGGACCCGAGCCGAGAAGCUCGUCUCAGACGACGCGGCCAGACUACAACGAGCUUUAUGAGCACUACUACGCGCAGUACACCAAGCCCAAGGUCAAACUGGGCCCACGGCCACGCCAGUCGCUCGAAGGAAAGCGCCCAGCCACGUCAGGGAACACGUCACAAGACAUGGCAAGACAGGUGGCAUCGCUCCCCGCAGGGCUGCGCUCUGCGGCGCGAAAGGCGGCCCAGAAGAAGGAGUCCGAAACUACCUCGUCCAGCGCUGUUCCCGCCAUCGCGGUUCCUCCACCGCUCGAUUUACCUCCAAUGCCCGAGGUGCCACACUCGCCUGUUUCGUCGCUAUACACACCGCGCUCGCCGAUCAGUGUCAAGUCUAUGCCUGUUGCUGCGUAUAAAAGCCACCUUCGAGCCACGGGAACAACGCAAGAGCGGACGAGGCUGAUGAAGGCCCUGGAGCUGCGCAAGAAGCAGCAGCAGGCCCAACAGGCGAAGAAGGACAAGGCAGCCGGCGAAUCGACUGUAGAUACUGAGGAGGCGGAAGUAGGUGAAGAGACGGCAGACUCGGCGGAAACGGCACCUACCGAGCAUGGCGAGGAGCCAGAGGCAAACAAAGAGGUAUUGCUUGCCGACAAUCUGCCCACUUCCCAAGGCCCAAGCAAUUCUGGGCUCGUCUUUGCAGACAACCCAACGGAGGGAGACGACCUAAACUCGACUGUGUCGAUAUCAUCUCCCAUCUCCGCCCAAACCCACGGUUCGUCUGGCGCACCAUCAACGCGGCCGUCGUCCCUGUCCGACGAUGAGAGCGGACUAGACGACCCACAAAAGCGCCAGGGUACGCUAGAGUCCCAAGCUCCUGAUCCCUUUGACGAAGAACAUUCCGUCGACAGUACACCAACCGUGGUCGCUGACAGCACCACCCCCUCUCCACCCACCGACGUCCACGACGAACCCGCGCAGGGUCCGCUUAUCACCCAACGGGCGCCUUCUUUCGACGACGAUGCAGACAGCAGCAGCAGGAGGAACACGCUGAGGCCCGCCGAGGACGACACCCACGCCCGCCGCCGCUCGAACCGGGAGUCGACCAUAUACAUGCCUUCAGAUGCGGCAGCGCAGCCAGAACAGGGGCCAGCUACAAAGCGCAACAGAGAAUCUAUGCUGUUGCCCGCUGGCUCAAAGAGGGACAGUUGGUUCGAAUCCAAGGGGAAGCGCCGUGCACAGCUCGACCCACUCCACGUCAGUGCGGAAAACUCCGAAACCGAAUAUCUGUCCGACGACUCCUUCAUGGAAGAGUUGCAGAGUGCUACAGUACAUGAAGCCAAGCCCAUGUCCGUGUCCAAGUCGCCCAUCAUGCCCUUCUUCCCACGCAAGUCACCGUCCCAAGCUGAGCUGUCGACACCCCCUAGGUCAGCAUCGUCAAACUACCCUACUAGCCUUACGCGUCCCUCCCCCGAACAACAGCCUGCUCGUAAGGUGUCUGGCGGCUGGCCGCCGCCACCACGGUCUGACACGUCGACGGCUCCCAAGAAAAUUAAUGUUUCGUCUGGCAUCUCACAAAGAAUCAAGGCUCUUGCCGAAAAGACCAACAGGGAGUCGGCUUCUGUGAACCCUGCAGCCGCUACCCUGACUGCGCCAAGUUCGUCUGUCGCCCAACGCAAGUCUUCUUUCUUUGCAUCCUCGCCUCUUGACACAUCGUCCAAUGGAUUGUCUGCCUCUCGCAAUGGAAACACGUUGAUACGGCCGUCGUCUUCUGCAUCAAUGAUUGAUAGGAAACCGUCGGGCCCAAUCAAGUCUACCGUAUACAAUGUGCAACAGGGGCCCGAGAAGCCAGAGUCUGUUCAGGUUACCGCACGAAUUGUUCGUGAUGAGCGAACCAUGAACCCCACCCUAGCCAUGCCGACCGAAGGCACGCCGCUGGACCUCCACCAGAGCCCCCUGAUUAUUGACCACCAAAUAGCCACUCCCGCACCCAAGAGCCCCCCUCAGCCGAAACCGGAGACACCGGCCUCUCGAGACACCUCGUCAUCACACUCUCGGGACCACAGUCUGGCACCCUCGCGGACGUCUUCGGAGAGCACAUGGAGGACAUUUGGUCGCCGGAUGAGCGAGUCGAGGUCUGUUCACAGCCAUGAUGGCGACGAGAAGAAGGAAGACAAGAAGGAGAAGAAGGAGUCGCGCACGACCAAGAUGUUCAAGCGCAUGUCUUCAUCCAUGUCUUCCAUGCCCUGGAAGAGCUCGAGCAGCAGCCUGACACUUCCGGAGAACGAUAUGCGGUCAACAUCGUUGUCGUCUCUGCGAGAGCCACCACCUCCUAUGCACGUUGGUGACUUGAAUGUUCAGUUUCCCGACACUUUGCUCUGGAAGCGAAGAUGGGUCGAGAUCGAUUCCAUGGGCAAUCUUGUCCUUAGCCCGUCAAAGCACAACGAGAAGGGAAUCGUUAAGCGUUUCCACCUCAGCGACUUCCGCGCCCCAUACCCUCCAGACCAGGACCGACAAGAGUUGCCCAACAGUGUCGUCUUGGACUUUGUUGAUGGCCGAACGUUGCAGUGCGCGUGCGAGACACACACGGCGCAAGCCCAGGUUCUGCAAAUCCUCCGUGAAGCGCAUGAUGCGUGGCUAGCAUACAAUCAGGCGCAGUAG